AUGUCCUUGGUGGGGGUUUGCCCCCAAGGCAGACCUCUCAACACGAAGUAUUUUGGGCAGACUUGGAAACUUUUUAACAACUCCCACUGCUCCCUCACCCCCAGUGGGGACCAGCUGCUUCCUAAGCCCAGACCAGUAAUUUCUCCCUGAGGAUAUCUCCUGGGCCCCAGGGCCACGCCGUGAGCAGCGUGAGUGAGCUGCGGGCAAGCACCAGGACACCGCGAGGCUGUCUGGAGAAGACCCCCAGCAGGAUGUAAGACCUGGACUCUUCUCUCCCUCUCAAGCUGAAGAAGGCGAGAGUUUCCAUCCUGCUGGCAGGUGUAUGGAGAGGAUACCAUGGAGCCAGGGAACCUCACCCGGGUAUCAGAGUUUGUUUUCCUGGGGUUCUCACAAAUGUGGGAGCUCCAGAUUUUCCUGUUUGUUGUGUUCCUGUUUGUCUACACCACCACUGUCGUGGGAAAUCUCCUAAUAGUGAUCACAGUGACCUUGGACUCCAAGCUCCACACGCCCAUGUACUUUUUGCUGAGAAACCUGGCUCUCUUAGACUUCUGUUUCUCCUCGGUCACAGCCCCAAAGAUGCUGGUGGACUUCCUCUCUGAGAAGAAGACAAUCUCCUACCAGGGCUGCAUGGCCCAGCUCUUCUUCUUCCACUUUCUGGGAGGUGCCAUGGUCUUCUUCCUCUCAGUGAUGGCUUAUGACCGCCUGGUCGCCAUCUCCCGGCCCCUCCACUAUGUCACCAUCAUGAACACUCAGCUCUGUGUGGGACUGGUGGUGACAGCCUGGAUGGUAGGUUUCGUCCACUCCAUCAGUCAACUGGUGCUGCUGCUCCCACUGCCAUUUUGUGGCCCCAACAUCCUGGAUAACUUCUACUGUGAUGUUCCACAAGUGCUGAGACUCGCCUGCACAGACACUUCCGUCCUGGAGUUCCUCAUGAUCUGCAACAGUGGCAUGCUGGAUGUCAUCUGGUUCUUCCUCCUCCUGGUCUCCUACUCAGUCAUCCUGGUGAUGCUCAGGGCACACUCAGAGCAGGCCAGGAGGAAGGCGGCUUCCACCUGUACCACCCACAUCAUCGUGGUGUCGAUGGUCUUCAUUCCAAGCAUUUACCUCUAUGCCCGGCCUUUUGUCUCCUUCUCCAUGGACAAGGCUGUGUCCAUCAGCCACACAGUCAUGACCCCCAUGCUCAACCCCAUGAUCUACACCCUGCGGAACCAGGAGAUGCAGGCGGCACUGAAGAGGCUAGGGAGGCGCCGGCUGGUUUGUAGAAGUGAGUGACAUGGGUUUGUUCCUGCCCUUCGGCUGUUUCCCAUC